UACAGCCCCUCGAUCUCGCCGGUACUUUUGGCUCUCCAGAUUACUACAUACCGGCCUAAUCCAAUGGAAUCGUAGACUAGCUGACGGUUCCUGCGGCCUAAACACCAAAGCUUUCGUCUUCCCCGUGCUAGGUCCGACGGCAACCGUGUCAGUCGAGCGUUCAUCGUCAGCCCCUGCGCGAUCCAAGAUGUUUAUAUACGCUCGCGUCCCAUCACCACAGUCUGACGCUAUCCCAAGCGAUCGGUCGCGUCAUUCCAUCAUUUACCCCAUCAUGGCUAGCCAUGGCACUCCCAUUAUUGACAUCAGGACCGGCCCCACUGAGGUGGACAUUCUGCGGGAUAUCAAGCUGGGUCUGAGACCUCAGAAUGACGGAGAGAAGAAGCUGCCUACCUUGUUGCUCUAUGAUGAGCAAGGUUUGAGACUCUUCGAGAAGAUCACGUAUCUCGACGAGUACUAUCUCACCAACGCUGAGAUUGAGGUCUUGGAGAAAUAUGCAAGUCAUAUCGCAGAGCGAAUCAAGCCCGGCUCCGUGGUGGUGGAACUCGGAAGCGGGAACCUUCGCAAAGUCAACAUUCUCCUCCAAGCCAUCGACCGUGCAGGAAAGGAUGUCGAGUAUUACGCCGUGGACCUCUCCCUCUCAGAGCUGGAGCGCACUUUUGCUGAGAUCCCUACCGAUGGGUAUAAGCAUGUGAGUUGCUUUGGACUUUACGGGACGUACGACCACGCUCUCGAAUGGCUCAAGUCGGACCAAAUCCGCGGAAAGCCGAAGACGAUUCUCUGGCUCGGCUCUAGCUUGGGCAACUUUAAGCGUCACGAGGUACCUCCCUUCCUGGCAGGCUUCAGGGAUGCUAUCCAGCCCGGCAACUCGAUGCUGAUUGGCAUCGAUUCAUGCAAGGACGCUGAUCGAGUCUAUCAUGCUUAUAAUGACAAGGAGGGCAUCACCCACCAGUUCAUUCUCAACGGCCUCAAGAACGCCAACCGCAUCCUCGGUCAGCCGCAGUUCGAUCUGGAGAAGUGGGAAGUCAUUGGCGAGUACGAUACCGCAUCCGGACGUCACCAUGCCUUCGUCUCUCCAUGUGAGGAUGUGAUGAUUGACAAUGUUCUGAUAAAGCAAGGGGAGAGGGUCCGCAUUGAAGAGAGCUACAAGUAUUCUCACGAAGAGAUCGUGGAGCUGUGGGAGAAUGCUGCUUUGACCCCAGGCGGUGUUUGGAUGAAUGGGAGGGGAGAUUAUGGACUUCACAUGGCGUCAAAGCCGUACUUCUUCUUCCCGUCUGCUCCCGAGAAGUACGCGUCCCGUCCUGCACCCACUCUGGCUGAAUGGAAGGAGCUGUGGGCAGCCUGGGACCUUGUCAGCCGUGGCAUGGUCCCCGAAGAAGAAAUGCAGUCAAAGCCGAUAAGGCUCCGCAAUGCCAUCAUCUUCUACUUGGGCCAUAUCCCAACAUUCCUUGACAUCCACAUCGCUAGGGCCACAGGUGGGAAGCCCACGGACCCAGCCUACUUCUGGAAGAUCUUUGAGCGGGGCAUUGACCCUGACGUGGACAACCCGGAGAAGUGCCACGACCAUAGCGAGAUUCCCGACAGUUGGCCUGCACUAGAAAAGAUUCUCGAAUUCCAAGCCAAGGUCAGGAAUAAGGUGCAAGACUUGUAUGGCUCCGGCGUCGUCGAUAAGGAACCACGUGUUGCCAAAGCCAUGUGGAUUGGCUUCGAACAUGAGGCCAUGCAUCUCGAAACCUUGCUUUACAUGCUCAUUCAGAGCGAGAAGGUUCUGCCACCUCCGGGCACUGUGGCACCCGAUUUCGAAGCGCUUCACCACUUAUCGGAGACCCAGACUGUGGAGAACGAGUGGUUCACCAUCCCUGAAGCGGAUGUGUCUUUUGGUCUUGAUGAUCCGGACGAUCCUGCUGGCGCAGAGAGAUAUUUCGGCUGGGACAUUGAGAAACCCAAACGCUCUGUGCACGUGCGCUCCUUCAAAGUCAAAGGCCGUCCCAUCACCAACGGCGAAUACGCCCAGUACCUGGCUCGGACCGGAAAAACCGCCAUCCCUGCAUCCUGGUGCGAAGUCUCCCAGUUGAAGGGAAUGGAACACAAGGCAAGGAAAGACAGCGUUACAAACGGCACCAAUGGCCACACGAACGGUCUCAGCCUCGCCCAUGGCAAAUAUGUGCGAACGGUGUACGGCCCCGUGCCCCUCGAGUAUGCCAUGAACUGGCCCGUUGUGGCCUCGUACGACGAGCUCGCCAGCUGUGCUCGCUGGAUGGGCGGUCGCAUUCCCACCGAGGCGGAAGCUCGCAGCAUCUACAACUACGUCCGCCAGUCGAAGGCUAAAGACAUCGAGAAGGCUCUUGGAAAGACCAUUCCUGCAGUCAACAGCCACCUCAUCAACAACGGCGUCCAGGAGUCGCCGCCAUCCCACUUUUCGUCAAACGGCAUCUCCAGCACAGCAUCUCCUCCCUUCCCUCACAGCCUCUUCAUUGACCUCCAAGGCGCGAAUGUAGGCUUCCGUCACUGGCAUCCCGUCUCCGUCGCAGACAAGGGCGACCGUCUGUGCGGCCAGGCUGACCUGGGUGGCGUGUGGGAGUGGACGAGCACUGUGCUGGAGAUGCAUGAGGGCUAUGAGCCCAUGAGCUUGUAUCCAGGGUAUUCUUCGGACUUCUUCGAUGGGAAGCACAAUGUCGUUUUGGGCGGAUCGUGGGCUACCCAUCCUCGUCUUGCUGGGAGGACGUCUUUCGUUAACUGGUAUCAACACAACUAUCCUUAUGUCUGGGCUGGUGCUCGUCUUGUCAUGGAUGACUAGAUCCUUGCUCACAGCUCGUCCAGAAAUAGUGUUUUUUUCGUUGCGCUGACUUUCGCUGGGGCACCCGUGUUAAACGCUCGUUAAAGGUCGAAAUGGAUAUUAGUAGCAAUGGAGAUCGAUAGUGUUGGGGUUGUCGGCAACAUGAUACACUCCUUAUAGGCUAUGAUUUUAUCAGACAUGUCCUACUCUGCCUUGUCAGUUAUGGGAUGCUACGUGUCUUGUGAGAGAGGCAAAUGCUUAGGCGGUUGACUAGUGCAUUAACUUCUAGUUCUCUGUAGGUAGAGAAAAGCUAGAGGAUGUCAUCCAAUCAGCAGGCUCACAGUAGUAGCUUGCGAGUCAAUGUAUUCCGUACUGCACAGUCAGGAG